AUGGGGGCCUUUUCUUACAAAUUUAUACCGUCGUCUUUUUCGCGAAGGUUAGGCUUAGCCACAAAUAUUAAGCCUUUCGAAAGGCUUUGCGAAUCGCUACCCAAACCCAAAACCGCGAUAGGUUCCCGGGGCUAUAUUGACGAACAAAAGCCAAAAAAAACAGCAACUCUAACCGAUUGGAAACCUUCCACCGCUGCGGCUUCCACGGCCGACUUACCUAUAGAACCAUUAAAAUCGGGUCGUUCUACCGUCGAUUAUUUCCCAACCGACGCCAGGAAUAAUAUUAAUUAUAAUAAUGGUUUUUUAAUCCGUUCUGUUAAACGGAAUCCCAUUAGCCUAUUGGAGCCCAUACCCGAAGUUACCUUUGCACCUUUGCCAUCCGUUAAUACGAUCCUCAGGCCCGUUUUAUCGGCUACGAUAGCCAAAUCGACCUUAUCUGUAUUAUCCGAAACGUUUCCAACGGCGAUAAACAUUAUUUCCCCUAUUUUUAAAAAUAUAAACCCGUUUCCGGCGUUUAGGCGGGCCAUAUCGGACCUAAUUCCGGAAAGGCCGGCAUACCUUUACGAUCCACUAUUCGACAAUUACGCCCCUAAACAGCCUUUCCACAUCCAAUAA